AUGGGUAUAGAUAUGGAGUCCGUAGAUACGACAACAGGAUCCGAAGACAAGCCUCUCCUCGAAGCUGAAAAGGGUAACCAGAGAUUUCCUUGGGUUUCCCUGGCCAUCUUUCUGGUUCUGCAAAUUCUUAUCGCCGUUCCAGAGGGCAUGCUGCAAACCCUCUCGGUGCAGUUCGCUCGCUCGGCGUUUGCCAGCGAACGGAACGUCACCCUCCCGGUGGGAGUCAACGCGUGUGCGACCAGUCCCCACGAGAGCAGUGAGCUCGCCGACGUCCAGGCGGCCGUCGCCCUCUUCGCUACCUAUCAGAGCUGCUUGAAGGAUUUCAUCCCAGUCCUGACCGCCCUGCCACUAAUUGCCCUGGCUGACUUCACCGGCCGCCGGCCCGUACUGCUUUUGAUAUGCCUCGGUGGACUAGUCGUAACUACUGGCUUCCUGAUCGUCUCCUUCUUUGAGAUAUCCGUUUAUUACACCCUCGUUGGUUCUGCAGUUUUCGGCGUUUGUGGGGGGUUUAUACUGCUGAAUUCCAUCAGCAUGCUGUACGUCACAGACAUUGUCCCCAAAGAACACAGGGGGGUCGCACUGGCGAUGAUCUACGCUUUUGAGAAUGUUGUCAUUUAUCUGGGCCCUUUGGUGAUUAAUGUGUUACUUGAGGCUCUGUCUUCGUACACGAUAUGCUUCUUGAUACCAGCUUGCUCCGCGCUGUUGGCGUGCCUGUGGAUGCUGCCCCCUGAUCUAGUUCAGGAAUCCGUCAAGAAGCAGCCGCUUGACCUGGGAGUGGCUUCGGGCAUCGGUCACGGCAUCUGCCGUCUUUUUACAGACACCUUCAGCGUCCGACUCGUAGUCCUCUUGGCAUGCGAUUCGGUAGUCAACCUCCUGGUUGAAGGCUUCGACAACACCAUGUCUCUGUACGGCUUGGGUGAGCCGUUCUGCUGGUCGCCAACCCUCUUAGGUGUGUUUUCGGUCGUACAUGGUGUCCCACACUCACUCGCGGCACCAUUAAUCGUGUGGGUGAUUGAGUUAUUUCUCUCCGAUUACUGGUUGAUAUACAUAAGCAUUUUGUCAUCUAUCGCGCAAUUUCUAUUAACAGCAGUGGCAACAAGUAACGAAGUCUUGAUCUACGGAGCUUCGCUAGUCGGGAUAUUUGCUGGUGUUUCCCAGCCAGUGUUUGUGUCUCUCAUAACGAGGCUAGUGGACACCAAAUUCCACGGCGCACUGUUUUCUAUGUACUCGCUGGUCUACGGUGCCUCCACAACUUUCUCGCUUAUCCUCCAGAGUGCAGCAUAUUCCUUCACUGUUUCCGCUGGUCUCAACGUUGUUAUUUUCUAUGCCAUGGCUUCAUUAAGCGCACUGGUACUCGUGCCUACGAUAUGUAUGCACAUCCUGGAACCAAAAGAUGGCUUUGAUGAUAAAUCUCCGUAAACAACACAUUUCCUCUUUGAUCUCAGAAAUCACGGAGUUGAUUCUGGUAGUUAUAGAUCAUCUAUACCCAUGUGAGAUUAUAGUUACAUGUAUAUACCCAGCACGAUGUGGUACAGAGGGGUACCCCCCCCCCCAACCUCCCUAUACA